ACGAUGAAAAACAAAAAGUUGAGUCCCAAAACAAAACAUCUGGGAAUUACCUCUCUUUGUUUAACAAGUGUAAUUUUGUCCCUUUAAAAUACUUCUCAGUUAUAUGUCGUCAGUGAUCUGGUAAACAUAGAAAAAAAUCUUAAUUUUAAUUAACGAAACAAAAAAAUCUGACUGAAAGGUUUGGAAAAAUUAUAGAAAAUGUUUUUAAGGAAAAGUUUUCUUUUUUUUGCGAUUUUGUCAACAAUUGCGUCAUUCAUAGAAGCUUCUGUCCUCGAAAUAGAUAUUUAUAAGAAAUAUCCAUCAAGAUUGUUACAACAAUUAGACAAUAGUUUACCUCAACCUCCACAAAAUGAAUCAGUCGUCUUGUAUAAAUUUAUGGAUUCCGAAUAUUACGGUUUAAUAAAAAUUGGCCAACCAGCGAAGGAAUUUAAAGUUAUUUUUGACACAACUUGGAGCGAUACUUGGGUUCCUUCUUCAAGAUGCGAUUUAAUAGAAAUUGCUUGCAUGACUCAUACGAGAUACGAUAACACAAAGUCUUCAACUUAUCAGGCAGACGGAACUGUUGUGAACAUCACUGGAGAUACAUAUUCACUCUUAGGAUUUCUUUCCAGAGACAAUUUUUAUUUGCCUCAUAAAAAUGUAACGAACCAAACUUUCAUUGAAAUGACUCACAUGUCAUUCAAGACGUUUGCAUUUAUGAGAGCUGAUGGAAUUGUUGGUUUAGGAUUUCAAAGUUUAAGUGAAACGAAUUCUAUUCCAUUUUUUUAUAAUUUGGUACGACAAAAAGUCGUUAAAGAACCCGUAUUCACAGUUUAUAUGAAUAGGGAUGAAACGACUGAUAAAGCUGGACGAUUAAUUUUGGGAGGAACCGAAAGAAAACAUCUAAAAGGAGAUUUAACAUUUACUCCUGUAACUAAGAAACAAUAUUGGCAAAUUCAAAUUGACUCAAUUAUGCUGGAAAGUGCUAAGAAAACUUUUAAAAUUAUUGGUAAAACAGCGGCAAUUAUGAGUACCAGUACGAACACUAUAAAGGGACCAAGAAACGAAAUAAUGAGAAUCAAUAAUUUAUUAAAUGCCAAAAAUAUUGCACCUCAAAUUGGAAGAUAUGUGGUUGAUUGUAGAGAAUAUGCAAGACUACCUCGCAUACAUUUUAUAAUAGAAAAUAAAAAUUUCACUAUUGAGUCAAAAUACUACGUGCAAAGAAUGAACUUUAAGAGUAUGGAAGCAUGUUUGUCACCUUUUGUUGAAGAAGACGGUGAUUUUUGGCAACUUGGUGGAGCUUUCUUAAUGCAAUUCUACACGGAAUAUUAUUUCGAUGGACGAAUCGCUAUUGGACAGACUGUAUUUUAAGUUGGAAAACAAUUUUCAAUUCAAAUUAUUUUCAUAUUAAUAGAUAGUUGGUUACUUAAAGAAGUUCAUUUAUAAACAUACAAAUUUACUAUCUUUUCUUCAGAAUAAGAUUUUUAGAUAUUUUUUUGUAUAUUUUUAAUAA